CCGAGAGCGGGUUGCCAGGGCCCUAAGAGGGCUGGCGGCGGCGGCCUCGCUCGGCUGUCAGUUCCUUGUUGGAGAAUUUGGCCACAAAGAGUUGCCAAGAUAGCUGGGCCAGGAAGAAAGCGCCGUAGCCCUGACCCAGACGCCGUUGCCGACCCCGGGGCACUCUGGCUGUCGACCAAGCGGCUCAAGAUGUCUGGUGGGGCCAGCACCACGGGCCCAAGGAGAGGUCCCCCAGGACUGGAGGAGGCCACCAGUAAGAAGAAGCAGAAGGAUCGAGCAAACCAGGAGAGCAAGGAUGGAGAUCCUAGGAGAGUGUCCUCUCGGGAGGAGCAGGCCAAAGAGGAGUUGUUGCUUGAUUGGAGGCAGAGUGCAGAUGAGGUGAUUGUCAAGCUGCGUGUGGGAGCGGGUCCCCUGCGGCUGGAGGAGGUGGAUGCUGCUUUCACAGACACAGACUGCGUGGUGCGGCUUCCAGGUGGUCGGCAGUGGGGUGGUGUUUUCUAUGCUGAGAUAGAAAGUUCUUGCACCAAAGUACAAGCCCGCAAGGGUGGCCUCCUGCAGCUGGCACUGCCCAAGAAGGUGCCUCUGCUCACAUGGCCCUCUCUUCUGAAGAAACCUCUAGGGACCCAGGAGGCGUUGCCAGGGCUGCGGUGUCAGGAGAAUGGGCAGGAGCCAUCUCCCAUUGCCCUGGAGCCAGGCCCUGAGCCCCGGCGGGGUAAACAGGAGGCCCGGAACCAGAAGAGGGCCCAGGGCCGUGGUGAGGUAGGCGCAGGGGCUGGCCCCGGGGCCCAGGCAGGGCCCAGCGCCAAGAGGGCUGUGCAUCUCCGCAGAGGGCCAGAUGGGGAAGGGUCCAGAGAUGGGCCUGUACCCCGGGGCGAUGCCCCCCCCUUCUUGGCUGAGACAGCCACCCAGGCUGAGGCUGAGGAACAGCUCCGGGUACCACCGCUGAACCCCCAGACCUGCCUUUUGGGUUCAGAGGAGAAUCUAGCACUCUUGGCAGGAGAGAAGACCGUGUCCCCCAGGAAUGAUCCAGUCUCCCCAGCCAUGGCUCGGAGCAGAGAUCCUGAGAAAGGUGACCGUUCCAAAGAGGAGAUGGCAGAGGCAGCAGAUGCUCUAACUUUGGUGGAUGAGCCGGAGUCCAUGGUGAACCUGGCAUUUGUCAAGAAUGAUUCAUAUGAGAAGGGCCCGGAUUCAGUGGUGGUGCAUGUGUACGUGAAAGAAAUCUGCAGGGACACUUCUCGAGUGCUUUUCCGCGAGCAAGAUUUCACGCUUAUCUUCCAGACCAGGGAUGGAAACUUCCUGAGACUACACCCAGGCUGUGGGCCCCAUACCAUCUUCCGUUGGCAGGUGAAGCUCAGGAACCUGAUUGAGCCUGAGCAGUGCACCUUUUGCUUCACGGCCUCUCGAAUUGACAUCUGCCUCCGAAAGCGGCAAAGUCAGCGCUGGGGGGGCCUGGAGGCCCCAGCUGCACGAGGUGCAGUGGGUGGUGCAAAGGUUGCCGUGCCGACAGGUCCAACCCCUCUGGAUUCAACCCCACCGGGAGGUGCCCCCCACCCUCUUACAGGCCAGGAGGAAGCUCGGGCUGUGGAGAAGGAAAAACCCAAGGCUCGAUCUGAGGACACGGGGCUGGAUGGUGUGGUGGCCCGCACCCCCGUGGAGCAUGUAGCCCCAAAGCCAGAGCCACACCUAGCCUCGCCCAAGCCCACAUGUAUGGUGCCUCCAAUGCCCCACAGCCCUGUGAGCGGAGAUAGUGUGGAGGAAGAGGAGGAGGAAGAGAAGAAGGUGUGUUUGCCUGGCUUCACUGGCCUUGUCAACCUAGGCAACACCUGCUUCAUGAACAGUGUCAUUCAGUCUCUGUCCAAUACUCGGGAGCUCCGGGACUUCUUCCACGACCGCUCCUUUGAGGCCGAGAUCAACUACAACAACCCACUGGGGACUGGUGGGCGUCUGGCCAUUGGCUUUGCUGUGUUGCUCCGGGCACUGUGGAAGGGCACCCACCAUGCCUUCCAGCCUUCCAAGUUGAAGGCCAUUGUGGCGAGCAAGGCCAGCCAGUUCACAGGCUAUGCGCAGCAUGAUGCCCAGGAGUUCAUGGCUUUCUUGCUGGAUGGGCUGCAUGAAGACUUGAAUCGCAUUCAGAACAAGCCCUACACAGAAACUGUGGAUUCAGAUGGGCGGCCCGAUGAGGUGGUGGCUGAAGAAGCAUGGCAGCGGCAUAAGAUGAGGAAUGACUCUUUCAUCGUAGACCUGUUUCAGGGCCAGUAUAAGUCGAAGCUGGUGUGCCCUGUGUGUGCCAAGGUCUCCAUCACUUUUGACCCAUUCCUCUACCUGCCAGUACCUUUGCCACAGAAGCAGAAGGUUCUCCCCGUCUUCUAUUUUGCCCGGGAGCCGCACAGCAAACCCAUCAAGUUUCUGGUGAGCAUCAGCAAGGAGAACUCCAGUGCAAGUGAAGUGUUGGAAUCCCUCUCUCAGAGCGUCCACGUGAAGCCUGAGAACCUGCGUCUAGCUGAGGUGAUUAAGAAUCGUUUCCACCGUGUAUUCCUGCCCUCCCACUCAUUGGACACUGUGUCCCCAUCUGACACACUCCUCUGCUUUGAGCUGCUAUCCCCAGAGUUGGCUAAGGAGCGGGUGGUGGUGCUAGAGGUGCAGCAGCGCCCCCAGGUGCCCAGCAUCCCCAUCUCCAAGUGUGCAGCCUGCCAGCGGAAGCAGCAGUCAGAGGAUGAGAAGCUGAAGCGCUGUACCCGGUGCUACCGCGUGGGCUACUGCAACCAGCUCUGCCAGAAAACCCACUGGCCUGACCACAAGGGUCUCUGCCGCCCUGAGAACAUUGGCUACCCAUUUCUGGUCAGUGUACCUGCCUCACGUCUCACUUAUGCUCGUCUUGCUCAGCUGCUAGAGGGCUAUGCCCGGUAUUCUGUGAGUGUAUUCCAACCACCCUUCCAGCCUGGCCGCAUGGCCUUGGAAUCCCAGGGCACUGGCUGUACUACGUUGCUCUCUACUAGCUCCCUGGAGGCUGGGGACAGUGAGAGGGACCCGAUUCAGCCGCCUGAGCUCCAGUUGGUGACCCCCGUGGCUGAGGGGGACACAGGGGUCCCUAGGACAUGGGCGGCUCCUGAUCGGGGCUCUGUGCCCAGCACCAGUGGAGUUUCUUCUGAGGUGCUGGCCAGUGGGCCUGUUGAAGUUGGCUCCUUGCCUGCUGGUGAGAGGAUGUCUCGGCCCGAAGCUGCUGUGCCUGGAUAUCAGCACCCAAGUGAAGCCAUAAAUGCCCACACCCCUCAGUUCUUCAUCUAUAAAAUUGACACAUCUAACCGAGAGCAGCGGCUGGAGGACAAAGGAGACACCCCCCUGGAGCUGGGUGAGGACUGCAGCCUGGCUCUAGUGUGGCGGAACAAUGAGCGCCUGCAGGAAUUUGUGUUGGUAGCCUCCAAAGAGCUGGAGUGUGCUGAGGAUCCAGGCUCUGCUGGUGAGGCUGCCCGUGCUGGGCACUUUACUCUGGACCAGUGCCUGAACCUCUUCACUCGGCCUGAGGUGCUGGCGCCUGAGGAGGCUUGGUACUGCCCACAGUGUAAACAACACAGAGAGGCCUCCAAGCAGCUGCUGCUGUGGCGCUUGCCCAACGUACUCAUUGUGCAGCUCAAACGCUUCUCCUUUCGGAGUUUCAUUUGGCGUGACAAGAUCAACGACCUGGUGGAGUUCCCUGUUCGGAACCUGGACCUGAGCAAGUUUUGCAUUGGUCAGAAAGAGGAACAGCUGCCUAGCUACGACCUAUACGCUGUCAUCAACCACUACGGAGGCAUGAUUGGCGGCCACUACACUGCCUGUGCCCGCCUGCCCAAUGACCGCAGCAGCCAGCGCAGCGACGUGGGGUGGCGCUUAUUUGAUGACAGCACGGUGACAACAGUAGACGAGAGCCAGGUCGUGACGCGUUAUGCCUAUGUACUCUUCUACCGCCGGCGGAACUCUCCUGUGGAGAGGCCCCCCAGGGCAGGUCACUCUGAGCACCACCCAGACCUAGGCCCUGCAGCCGAGGCUGCUGCCAGCCAGGGACUAGGCCCUGGCCAGGCCCCCGAGGUGGCCCCCACGCGGACAGCCCCUGAACGCUUCGCCCCCCCUGUGGACCGCCCAGCCCCCACCUACAGCAACAUGGAGGAGGUCGAUUAG